GCGGCUCGUCUUGAUACCUCGCUGCUGGUGCUGCUGUAAGUCAGCCUUGUCCGGUGGUUCGGCCGGUUCCGCCGGUCUGCAGUCAGCAGCUGCGAUUUGAACAAGGAGAGUGAGCGACGGAGCUCAGCAUGUCCGGAUGCAGCGAGCUGAGCCUGAGGGAGCUGCCCAUGGAGAGCUGGAUGUCUCACCUGCCGUGCGCCCUGUGGGACACCCCGCUGUACCACCUGGCCAUUCCGGGCAGCCACAACGCCGUAACGUACUGCCUGGACAUGAACGACAGGUCUCCCGUGGACCCCAUGCAGCCGGACAUGCUCCAGAAGCUGGACAAAUACAUGAAGCCCCUCAUUCGCCCUUUUGUGUACAAGUGGGCGAUAACGCAGGAGUUCACCAUAAAGCAGCAGCUGGACUGCGGGGUUAGAUACUGCGACCUGAGAAUCGCACACAGGCCCAACGACCACUCCACGGACCUGUACUUCUACCACGGCGUCUACACCACGCUCACCGUCGAGACCGUCCUCACGGAGAUAAAGGAAUGGCUGGACGCUCAUCCCAAAGAGGUGGUGAUUCUGUCCUUCAGCCACUUCCUCAGUCUGAACCAGGAGCUCCACGUCCGGCUGCUCACUAACAUCCGCGACACAUUCGCCUCCAAACUCUGCCCCAAAACGGAGGUGCUGACUCUUCGAAAUCUGUGGGCUUUGGGCUGCCAGGUGAUUGUGUCCUACGAACACAGUAUUUCCAGCUCCCACGGCGACCUGUGGCCUCACAUCCCCUACUGGUGGGCCAACAAGUGCAGAGCCGAGGCGCUCAUCGAGGAGUUUGAGGCAAGGAAGCAACACGGUAGACCAGGCGGUUUCUUCGUCACCGGGAUCAAUCUGACGGAGGACCUGAAGUACAUCUGCACCCACCCCACCGAGUCCCUGAAGGACCUGGUGAUGUCCACGUACCCGGCGCUGCUCGGCUGGGUCAGGGAGCAGACGCCCGGCCCCAGAGCGGGCUCCCUCAACAUCAUCGCCGGGGACUUCAUCACGGAGAGCCACUUCGCGCCCACCGUCGUCACGCUGAACGAGAAGCUGCUGAAGUGGUCCUCGUGACUUCUCGCUCCGGAAAAGUGCCGAGCGUCUGCAGACAUCAGAGCAGUUUGUUUUGAUCGGAUUGAUGAAAACAUUUGAAUUAUUUAUUUGACCGUAAAUGCACUCACGGGGGGGGGAGCAGCGGCGUGCACAUUUCAGUUCAAGCAGACUGUGUUUUGGUUUUUUUUACGCGCUGACCCGAACUUCUUUGUUUACAUUCAGUUCGUGCUUUAUGCAACGCACCGUGUCGGUUUUCACAAGUCAGCAGCGGGUUUGACAACUUGCUGACCGAAGCAAUAACGGCACAACUGAACUCCCCCCACCACCGCAGGGAGCACAGACUCUGCUCUCACCGAGGACUCGUAAAGGUAAAUAAGAACAUUUUGGAGGAAUUAUGCCGGUGAAAGCUUUGACACGUCAACUGCGAGACCUGGGGGUUGCGUCAUGGAAUGUGGAAACUAUUUAUGCAAGUUUAUGCAAAAUUAAAAAUGCAUGACAAGGAUUUCUUUGCAUGAACCCAGCACCGAUUGUUCUGUUUUUAAAAGUAGCUUUUAACCUCCUGCUGAGGUGUGAGAAGCGAACGCUGCACCGCCGUGCCUGUGGAGACGAGCUGCUCAAACGUCAAUAAUCCCCGAAGAAACAUUCGGGUCUGGAACGAGUGAGGGGAAAAUAAAAAGAGAGAUAUCCGUUAUUGAACUGUUGGAGAGCAGAUUAUUUAUGUUGCAAUCCACGACGUUUAUUUAUGUCUCAUAAUUCAUUCAUUUAGAUUAACAUGCAUCAUUUCUGUCCUCUUAGUUAUGUACUGUAGGUUGUCGCUUAUUUAGCGCCAGUUUCCAACAAUUGUCACCUCAAGGCACUUAUGUAAGACAAACACCCACUUUAUAUACAGGAAUGUAUAAUUAAAGCAGGUGAAAAGUGAUCUGUGUCCUGAGGAGGCAUGAAGGAAGAACUGAUUUUUAACAGGCUGAGACCUAAACCAGAACUAGAUAGACAUUUAUUUAUUUAUUUAUUUAUUUGUCGGCCAGUUUGAACUUUUCCUUAUACACGUCAAAAAAGAGAAAAGAAACACAAGACAAAACAAGUACAGAACAAUAUUUACAUUUCCAUCAAUGGCAAGAACACAAAGUGUAGACAUAAAAAAAUGUAGUUGAAAGGAUAAGAUUGUUACACGUUUAUUUUGUCCUACAUAAAGCAUCAUCAGAAUCCAAGCGGCAGAAUGUCUUCUGCAUGUUUUACUAAAACAUGUUUCCGAGGAAUUCCACCAAAGUCUGUACACAAACUCAUAACAGAAAACAUAAUCCAAACCUUAUUGAAUUUAAGAUCGCAAAAUUUCAAAAGUAGCAAUGAUUACAAAAACAAAACAAAACAAAAAAAAUUGCAGGGGCAGGUUACAAAAAUGAAUUCAUAGAGCAGUAAGUUGUUGAAAUGAAUCUUGAGGCUGUUUUGGUUACUUUUAUUUUUACCCCUCCAGGGGGUCUUUUGUGGGCUCUAGUGUCCCUUAUAUGAUAGUAGGCUCUGUUUUGGUUACUUUUUACACAAGAAAGUGCAAGUUCUGCCACAGCAUCACGCCUUAAUAAAAAUAACUGAAAUCCUC